UUUGGUGCAAGAAUCAUGGCUGGAGGUUGCUAUGGAAGGGAUUAUGACUACCUCCAGAAGACUGAGAAGGCCACCAUGCAAAAUCUGAAUGACCGUCUGGCAUCCUACCUAGAUAAAGUGCACUCUCUGGAGGCUGCCAAUGCCACACUGGAGAGGCAAAUCCGGGAGUACUAUGAGAAGAAGGGGCCAAUCUGCCAGAGAGACUACAGUUGCUACUUGAACACCAUUGAUUGUCUUCAGGAAAAGAUUAAAGAUGCUACUAUCAACAACGGCAAAAUCCUCCUGCGUAUUGACAACUCUAAAUUGGCUGCUGAAGACUUCAGGAUAAAGUAUGAGAAUGAGUUGUCGAUACGGCAGUGUGUGAAGGCUGACAUUGAUAACCUGCGUCGCAUACUUGAUAAGACAUGCCUGGCAAAGGCCGACUUGGAGAUGCAGAUCUGCGCUCUGCAGGAGGAGCUGGUAUAUUUGAAGAAAAAUCACCAGGAGGAUGUGGCAGCAAUAAUGUGUCAGCUGACAAAUGCAAAAGUGUGUGUGGAAGUGGAUGCUGCUCCUCAGCAAGACCUGAAAAAAGUUUUGGAUGACAUCCGUUGUCAUUAUGAGACCAUCAUAAACAAACACUGCAGAGAACAGGAGUGCUGGUUCAAAGAGAAGACGGCAGAUCUGUGUAAAGAUGCUGCCACCAGCACAGAGUGCCUAGAAACCUCCAUGUCACACAUCUCAGAAUUGCGACGUACUUUGCAGAGCCUGGAGAUCGAGCUACAGUCUCAAAUCAGCAUGAAAGGAGCACUGGACUGCUCACUGUUAGAAACAGAGGCUAGGUACCGCGCUAUGCUAGCAGGCUUCCAGCAACAUAUCAACACAUUGGAGGCAGAGCUUUGUCAGGUGCGCUCUGGCAUUGAGCAGCAGGGCAGAGACUAUGCUGCACUGCUGGACAUCAAGAGCCGUCUGGAGCAGGAGAUCGCCACUUACAGGUGCCUCCUGGAAAAUCAGGGCAUUAGGUAAGUUCAUAUUUUUAUGUCACAGAUCAUGUGUUUUAUAUUACAUAAUUUUUCCUGGCUUGACAUGUAUCUUUCCAUCUUUCUUUUUUAGGUCCAAAAAUUAAGGUAUUUAUAAUCUCUCUCUUCCAUGU